ACGGCUGCUUUACUUGAAAUUCUCAAGAGACCGUGAAUUGCUGAUUGAACAGAACAUGUCCUUUUCCCUUGGGCUGCUCUGUCGGCAAUGUUGUCAUUCAAUUCUUAGUCCACGCCCAGCACUCGUUCGAGAGUUUUCUUCAACACCCAUCUUAGCCCUACGGCGAACGAAAAAGAUUCCGGUGCUCUCCAAGAAAGCCCUUGCAGCGAAGGCAAGAAAGCGCGCAGCAAAGGCUCGCAAGCACAUAUAUGAGAAUGAGAAAAUGACUCUUGAAAGUGCUAUUGACGUGAUCCGUGCGGUUGAAGUUGCUAAAGCAAAUGCUACAUACGAGCUGGUAAUCAAGACUGCAAUGUCCCGCGGAUCCAUUAUUCCAAAGGGCCGUAUUGCUCUCCAUCGUGAAACCAAAGCUCGGCCCGAAGACCGCAUCCUUGUAUUUGCCGAGGGCCGUCAGGCAGACGAGGCAAAGAGCGCAGGUGCACACAUCGUCGGUGGAAUUGAGCUAGCAGAUGGUAUAAUCAGCGGCAAACACCAUGCAACCACCAUUCUAUGCUCCACAGCCCUCAUCCGGGCCAUCACCCCAAAACUCGGACGUGUCCUCGGCCCGCGUGGUUUGAUGCCUUCUGAGCGUCGAGGGACGGUUACGGAUGAUUUUGCCGGCUACUUGCGGCGACUUUCUGGCACUACAGAAUGGAAAGGCGACAAGAAUGGCGUCAUUCGGGUGCCCAUUGGCAAGCUCCACUUCCCGAUAGAAGACGUAGUUAAAAACGUCAAGCAAUUCGUGACCGCCGUCAAACGGGUGACCGGGAACCAGAAAGAUACCGAGGAGAAGGGAAAGAGCAAGAGCGUCAAGCCCGUCAAUGCCAUCACACGUGUGAUGUUAAGCUCGACGCAGGCGCCCAGCAUCCAGAUAUCGGACAUUUGAUAGAGCAGUGUUGAUCGGGUACUAGACUACUACACAAUGAAAGUUCCGAUUUCAAAUAUC